GCACAGACUGGAGGUGCUUUUCCAGGAACUGGUCAGUGGAGAUUUUUGUUUAUGCAUGAUUUGCAUUCUUUGCCUGGCUGUCUAGCGCUCCAGGAAGGGCAGGGGGACUUUAUCUCACGCCCUCAGCAGAGCGCUGUGGGGAGUAGUGGUUUCCUCUUCCCUGAUGACUGAGCUCAGUGCUGUUCUGGUGUCACCCAGCUCGGGGACCCUGCUCUGCGGAGCCAAGGAACCGAGGGCUUGAAGACAUGCAGCUCGUCGGGACGCAUUGAGCACUAUGCUCCAGCACAACUGCUUAGAGUUGGUACCUUUGGUCCUGUGCAACCACACCAACGGAGAGUGAUCUGUUAACACCCUACAAUUCUGGUGAACAGCCUCCAAAGGUCCUUCCCAAGAAUUUUGCAUCUCAUGCUGCUUUACUGGGAGUAACAUCAGUACCAAGCCUCCCACAUCAAAUGCUCGUUCACAGCUGUUAGACCUUGGUUUGGUACCAUGCACUACCUCUCACGGAAGGCAUUCCAGGAAUAUACGUCUCCAGAAAUAUAACUACUGCCUGCCCUCUGUUUUUUCCCUAUCUAAAACACAUCAGAAGCAGGAAACCUGCCUAACAAUCAGUGGGGCCACUGGAUGAUCGAGGUGCGAAAGAAGCACUGAAGGAAGACAAGGCCAUUGCAGAGAAGCUAACACGAUUCUUUGCAUUAGUCUUCACUGCAGAGGAUGUGAGGGAGAUUCCCACACUUGAGCCAUUCUUUUUAGGUGACAAAUCUAAGGAACUGUCCCAGAUUCAGGUGUCAAUAGAGGAGGUUUUGGAACUUGUUGCCAGGAGAUGUUGUGAAGACCAAAAGUAUAACUGGGUUCAAAAAAGAAUUAGAGAAGACACUUUGAAUGGUUUAUGAGAAGAAAGCAAGAUGGAUGGAAGUCAGUCCAGCACUGAGUCUCCCAUGGCUCCCAAGAAGAUCUCUCUGCUUUCCUCUCCCAUGCGGGCAGUCAUCCGUCUGCGACGAAAAGUCCAGUUCCUGAAGAAAAACCGCCUGCAUCUGAACCUUCCCAGAGAACAUUCUCCAGAGCUGGUCCAAACUAGGCUUCUUCAAAGGCAGAUUUCCUUGAGCCAAACAAACCUGUAUAACCCUUCGAUGUCCCUCUUUAAUCAAGCCACCUUUGCCAAUUCUCAGUACUUCACCUUUGACACCUCUGUGGACCAGUCAGCUCUGAAUAAAUACAAACGGAAGAAGAGCCGCAGGAAGUCCAGGAUGGUGUUGUAUCCAGAAAGCUCCAAAAAGUACCUUCCAGCAGAGCAAAAGAGUAAAGCAAAGCGCUGCCUUCUCUUGCUCAUUGGCAUCAUCUGUUUCCAAAUACUAAAUGCUAUUGAGAAUCUGGAUGACAACCUUCAGAAGUAUGACCUAGAUGGGCUGGAGAAAACCAUGCACCGGGAAGUAUUUGGGCAGAAGGUGGCUGUGGAUAGGAUUAUGGAAUUGUUGAACGAAUACCUGGCGACCCACAUACACAACAAGCCAUUAGUGAUCUCCUUCAAUGGCCCACCUGGGGUUGGAAAGAGCCAUGUUGGAUGGCUGCUGGCUAAACACUUCCGUUCAGUCAUGAACAAUGACUUUGUGCUUCAGUACUUUGUGAUGCACCACUGUCCAAACAAGGAGGCUACUCCUGCUUGCCAAUUGGAUUUGUCUGAGAAGAUUUCUGAGAUGGUCACCAGAGCAGAAAUAGAAGAGAAGAUACCAUUGUUUAUUCUGGAUGAGGUUGAGCUCAUGUCUCCAGUUCUGUUGGAUACACUCAGCAGAUUCUUCCAACCAAACCAAACCAACGAGUUCCUCAAUGCCAUCUACAUUCUAAUAAGCACCAUAGGGGGCAGUGAAAUCACAACGUUUGUCCUCCAGAAUGUUUCCACUGACCUUCUGCACCAGCAAAGAAAAAGAGAAGAACUGCUGUAUAUUAUCCAGCCUAUUCUGAUCCACUUCCACCCUCUUUGGAAGUCUGCUGACAUCAUCCCAUUUGGUCUACUGGAGAAGAGUCAUGUCAUAAACUGCUUCUUGGAGGAGAUGAUGCGGGAAGGGCUAUAUCCCGAUCAGAGCCAUAUUGAGAAUUUAGCUAGCCAGCUCAGCUAUUACACUACAGGAGGCAGGGAGUACGCCAUAACUGGCUGCAAGCAGGUCGGAGCCAAAGUCAAUGUACUGUAGCAGCAACCAUAAAUAAGAGGCCGAAUCCUGUUCUCACCACUUUGCACUCAGUGGAGAUAGCCUGGCUGAACACUGGCAUGACUGACAGCAGAUUUUGGCCCAAGAUGCAUUUCCUCAAGAGGACAGAUAUGAAGCUGUCCCAGUGACCACCUUAUAAGAGGGUUCCAGGAGGCAGAACAGCAGCUGUCACUGCUUCAAAGAUGAGCUCUGUUCUCCUAUUGAUUUAUCGGACUAGAGUCACUGAACUCCCACUGUCCUGCAAAUAAUCCCCUGUUGACUAAGGCCAGGAUAUCUCUCUGAGGCCGGGUCUGAGCCCAGGCACAAGCCAAACCCCCUUGUGUCCACACUGCUAAUGUGCUAGCCUAGGGCUCCAGACCCAAGGUCCUAGGACCCUGCAGGGCUGGAGGAUCCGAGCUCUGUUGCUUUCUUGUGUGCACGCGACCCCGACUUGAGUUAGGUCUGGAAGUCCUCUGGAUGUAUCCCAGAGUUCCCGGCGGCAGAGGAGCAGCGCUGCAAGCAGUCAGUGCAGCAUCUGGAGCACUAUUACUGCCUGGCAGAGCGCGCUCCCUGUUCCUGCUCCUAUCACAGUAGCUGCUCCGGCUCCUCCUCACUACUGCGCGGAGUUUGCCCGGAGCAGGGAGCAAAGCUGGCAGGUGGGAGGUGGCUCCCGGGGGUCAUCCCUCUGCUGGCCGGGCUGAGCCAGAAGCUCUGCCACUCGCCCUCUGUGCAAGGCGGAGCUUGGUCCUUCUCUGCUCUCUGUGCCCUGUUCCUGGGCCCACCCUGCGCUCCCUGGGGCUGCAUGUGCAGGGGCACCUGGGCAGUGUGCACUGUCAGGGUGGUGAGUAGGAGCCAGCCCCCAAAACUUCCCCACAGCCUCCUGGGAAUCCCUUAUCCCUGCCUCCUGGGGUGCGGCAGGAGCCAUGCUUCACCCCAAGCCUCGGCCAUGCACUUCACUGCUCUGCAGCCAGGAGCAGCCAGGCUGGGUGUGUGUGUGUGUGGGCGGUGAAGGAGUGUUUUUCCUCUGAUACCUUCAUUUUAGAUCAAACUUCUGUGCCCUGCAGUGUGGAUGCCAGAGCCCUAGGUUUGAGCACGGGUCAGAAAAUCCUUAACCUGGGGUUAAAAUGCAAUGUAGACACUCAAGCCCAGGGUUCCCUGACACAGGUCAGCUGACUCAAGGCCCACUAACCCGAGGCUUACAUUGCUGUGUAGACAGCCUCCAGUCGUAUUGUGACCUCUUUGGUGUCCCUCCUACACACGUGCCCAGGAGUUUAUUCAUCGGUGAUGUGUCAACAAGUCUAGGAGAUGAGAAUAAAUCCCCCAGUGUAUGUACACGGCAGGAGUGAUUUAAUGUCGGGGAGAUGGGGAGACCUUUGGGGUGACAGUCUCAUCAGCACACUUGUCUUCAGACUCAGAAUCUGCAAUCUCUUUGCCUUUCCGGGGUCUGGCUGGACCUGGGAUAAAGGCUAACUGGCUUAAGAUCAGUCUAGCCAAGCUAGAGAUGCUGCUGGCAUGUAGGGGAAACAUUUGGAAUAGCUGAUGCAGACUGUGACUGUUACCCACUGAUCUUUGGUGUCAGAAUGAUGCAUUCUUGGGUUCUUUUUCUCCCCUGCUGCUCUUGGAUUCCCCGGCAACAGCAGUCUCCUGGAAUAUGUGCUACCAUCUCUGGUUGCCUUAGAAGUUGUAGCCUUUUAUACCUGAUGCAGACUGUGCCUAUGUCACUUCCAGGCUGGAUUCCUGCAACACACUUUUCUUGGGACUACCCUUGAAGACUACUCGGAAGCAUCAGCUAGUGGAGAGUGCAGCUGCCUGCUUGUUAAGGUCUUCCUCAUGUGGCCUUUGGUCUAAACUCUGCUGCUUGUUUGUUUCUGCGUACAAUUCACAGCACUGAUUAUCUAGAGGGCCCUUAAAUGGGAAUUCACAGAUGCAAGGUAAUGCGCAUUUUGAACUGUUGAUGCACAUUGCUGGGUUCAAAAACUACUCCAGAACAAGUGUUGGGCAUCAUGUGAACAGCUCUGUGAAACCUGUCCUCACUGUGCAGCAGCCGUCAAAAACAAAAAUAAUAAAUUGCAGGAGGCAUAGGAGAGGAAACAGCACUGAAAAGUAUUAUAAUGCCAUUGUUCUGGAGUGACAGUACCUCUCUACUGUUAAAGGUUGCCACCAGCAGCCCUGUUUUAGUCCUGCUGUAACCCUAGCUUGGAAAUCUGAUACAAGCAAAGUUUGAAGGAAAUGUAUACACCUGCCUUGGAGUUCCAGGUCUUUAUAAUAUUCCCCCGAUUGGAAAUAUUGUCUGUUGUCUAACCUUUCUGCAUCUCCGUCUAGCUCAAAAUCAGAGUUGCCUUCACACUUCCUGUACAGUUAACUCUCCUUGAACAUUCCUGUGCUGUGGAAGAAUUGAUGAAAAUAGCAUGUAAUUAAGCAAAGGUGUUGGUGAUAGUUUUUUUAUAGGCCCAAUCCUGUUUGCAUUGAUUUCAUUAGAAUUAUGUGAAUAAUGGAUUUUUUUUUACUGGACGUUCUGAAAUAUAUAUCAAAAUUUGGUUUGGA